GCGCGCCGGUCCCCUCGCCGCAAGAGCCGGGAAAUCGCGCGUCGUUCGACUCAGUCCGGUUCAGCCGUCGCGCUAUAACGACGCCUGCCAGUGUGCGCCACAAUCGCGAACUCGCGCUCGUUGCAUCGCUUGUUGUACGAACUGCGCGCGUCCAAAAUAGUGAGCUCGUGGCCGGGAAACGAUCAGAUCCCGGUGAGAUACUAGUGUGAGAGCGGCGCCAUGCUGCCGGCGCUGUUGGUGCUCACGUUAGCGGCUCUGGCCCCGGCUGCAGCACGCCGUCAUGCGCCUUACCUGCGCGAAGACGAGCCCGCCCGUCGUACCGCUCGAACCGCCGAAUGCCUAUUCGGUAAACAAGCAAUGGAGUUGGGCUCUCAGUGGUUCGCGGAUCUCGGUCCUCCUUUCGGGAUCAUGUACUGUAUCAAAUGUGAGUGUAUAGCGGUGCAAAAGAAGCGUCGCGUUGUAGCGAAAGUGCAUUGUCGGAACAUAAAGAAUGAAUGCCCGGAACCGACUUGUGAAACGCCCGUGCUACUGCCCGGCCGAUGCUGUAAGACAUGUCCGGGGGAUGUUAACUACCCAGACCUUGUGCAAGAAGAUAUGCCCGGAGACGUGAUCAUUGAAGAAGCAGAUCACAAUAUGAAACAUUUCGCUUCGUUUUUGACCGGUCGAUCUCCGCUUUGCGUGCAGCGCGAUGACAUGACCGGCGUGCCAGUGGCUCCGGGUGUUGCCGCAGCGAGGUUCACGUUCCGCCGCCGUCACCUCUACUGGUCCGUGUUGCUGAGUCCGUCGAUGAAAACGCGGCCGCGGGCCCUCGCCUUCUUAGAUCGUCAAGGUCAAGUGCUACUCGAGCAAUCCUUGAAGAAGAUACCCGGCAUACACGCAACUUACGAAGAGAAAACGGAUAAGCUAUGCGGUGUGUGGCGGCGAGUACCACGCCAGUACAAGACCUUAUUACGGGACGGCGAUCUACACGUUGCUCUUUUAUGGGGAGACGAGACCAGCAACUCCAUAGACAGCGCUCUGAGUGGCAGAAUCGACAGAUACCCAGCGCUGUCAUCAGAAAUGUUCACGUCUUUAUUGGAACCCGAGAAUCCUCCUACCACGUUCAGCCAGGCAACUUGUCGAGGGUCUAAAGAUUUAGAUCACGAGGAAGGAUGGUGGGGUGGUACCGCUGUAAUCACAUCGGUCGCCGGCGCAGCUCCGAGCUUGUACAUGGCAAUCGUUUUCAAUGGAAUUUUUCCGAAAACAGUGAACACGUCAGACCUUGUCAGAGUUGUUCUGACUUUGCCGGACAAAAAUCAGACUAUCAUUGAUCAGGUGCAGAGAGUCGCAAAACCAAAUUACGAUUUCAAUUUGCUCGAAGUAUCUACUCCCAUAUCGGCUGCUGAGUUACGAUCUUUAGCGAGGGGACGCCUAUUGCUCGGCAUUGAAUCUGUUGAAAAUCCCCAAAGGCGUAUUUCGGGAAGUGUGAGACAGAAGGGAACAUGUGAACUUUUCCAUGCACCUUUGGUGGCUGAGAGAACACCGGCUGCGCCAUCUCCUGAAGGAUUGGCUCUGGUCUACAUUGACAAGGAAGGAUCUCUCGUCUAUGAUAUACAGAUGGAAAACGUAGGUGUUGUUGAUCCGAAGAUAACUUUGGUAGAAGAACAGGGGAAGAGACAUUUGCAGGUUGAGAUAUUGGAUACAAGGGUCGGUGUUCUCGCAAGACCAAGCGCCCGGAUCUUCCAACCACUAUACGACGAACAACUCGUAGUCCAUAUUGCAGGGGAUGCCGGUCCUCCGAUUCUACGAGGGCGUCUUACGUCUCGUCUAAUGCCAGAUGCGGCUGGUUCAGGUCCGGCUUUGUUACGACGCACGACUCAGGCUCGUGUUCCCAAUAACAUGGCCGGACUUGCAUGGUUGUCCGUCGAUUCGCUAUGCGGACUGUAUUACGAGGCAGCGGUCACGGGUAGUUCUCGUUCACGGUCGACGUGGUGGCUGGAGACGCACGCGGGAGGCGAGGACAACGCCCGCGAGCUCGGCGGCGACGAAGGCUGGGUGUUAGAGCCCAGCGCUGCAGAACUAGUGGCUAUCCAUAUCGGAGCCGCGUUCCUAGAGUUGCGAGCACAGGAUAAUGUCACGGCGCUACUGCGCACGCGCGCUCCCCAGAUAAGCGUGCCAACAUCGUGCCUACCCGCAGUACCGGGUCCUAUAGACAACGAGUUGAGUCCCAAGUAUCCACCUAGUCCUUCUGCAGAUCAGCUUUCUGACUACGGGCUAUAUCGAUUGAGUGUUGGAUAUUGUAAGCAAGGAGAAAAAUAUUACAAGCUCGGGGAAAUUUGGACUGACACUGAGACAUGUUCGAAAUGCGUGUGCGUGAUGGGCACGCCGAAAUGUGAGCCGGUCCAGUGCCCGCACGUUAACUGCUUAGUACCAACCAUUCUACCGCCGGGACAUUGCUGCCCAAUUUGUACAAAUACUACUUCUGCUGCAUGGUCAGAAAAUGGUAGUUGCGUUUUAGCUGGACAGAGCUAUGCUCCUGGCUCCUCCUGGCACCCGUAUCUAGUUCCAGGAGGUUACGACACUUGCGCGAUAUGCACAUGUAAUUACAUCACGAAGCAGAUUCACUGUCCUCGGGUGCAAUGUCCUCCUCUGAGAUGCAGCGAGAAGGAUGCCUUCAGACCUGACAAGAAAGCCUGUUGCAGGGUUUGUCCAGAGAAUAAAACUAAGAAAUCAGAUGAGGAGACACCGAAGGAUCAGGGAACGCCCAAGACUGCGGAGGAGAUAUUAGCUGAAGGAGGCUGUCGAUUCCCGGACGGGCCGCUACCCAACGGCAAGGAAGUUCAUCCAUCCAUACAUUCUCAUGGAGAGCAGAGAUGCGUCACGUGUCGGUGCAAGGACGGCGAAGUGACUUGCGUCCGUAAGCGUUGCGGGCGUGCGGCGUGCCAGCGGCGGCGACGAGUCGACGCGUGCUGUGCUUGCACGCGACACCGCCGCCAAAGGCACCACCCCCCACCACCGAGCUGAGCCUAAUCCCACGCAAACCCAAACACACACACACACACACAUAUAUAGACUGACAUAUCGUUAUAUACUUGAAGGGAAAAUAGGAUUCGGGACGGACACAAAACCAUAAACUGAUUAGCAUCGAUUCGAAAAACAAAACCUUUAGUUGCUUGUACCUAUAAGUUCUAGUGUUGUUGGUAUUUGUGAACGUCCCUAUUAGAUGUCGUGCGACGAAACCAAGCGACCAGUCGACGCGCGACCGCGAAUCCUUUGUCCGUAUAACAUGUGUAAAAGGUUUAUUGUGUAACUGAGAUUUAAUUUGUGCCGCCUAUCGGUUUUCGAGAAUGUUCCGGAUACGCUGUACGUAUCGACGAGGUCAGCCAUUCGGUUUGGUCCUUUUUCGAGGUUUGAGGGAAGCGGACGGUCAGGAGGGUCGGCCGCGCUACUCGACGGAGGCAGCCAAGUUAAAAAACGACGUUGAAGCUGAAUAAUUACUUACCCACCGGUAUUUUAAUUGGUAUUAUUAAAAAACAAAAUUACGUAGGCGCAUUUUUGCAUUGGAUACUGAUCAGACAAUGUUUAGUCGCGUAGGACUCUUCCGCUCGGCCGGCGUGGAUGCGUUAGCGCGGUCGAUAACAGAUGUGCCAUAUUUUCUUAUAUUGUAAAUAUAAAUUAUAAUAAUAAUUACGUGCAUAUUUAUUUACUAUACGGAGCCCGGGUGCGAGUCGCGUGCGAAUCAUCACAAACAUCUAUAUUAUUUGUAGCCUUCCGCAUUUGCUUUAGUUUUGUAUAUUCAUUAGAAAAACGCAAGUGUAAGUUUAUUAAUCUAUUAUUAUUAUUAUUAAUUGCUAUCUAUUUAUUUAGUUAAUAGUAACAAUCUGUGUCUAACUGGUAGAUAUUUUGAUAUAUUUUAUUGUUACUUAGUGGUAAAUAAAUCAUAUAUGUACGAAUAAUUUUGCUUAAUGAGAACGGAUUGUCGCAAUUUGCGAUCUGCCGUCGUUUAUCUAAAUACAUAUUUACAUAAAUGAAACGGAAAGUGUACAUAUAAUUAAUUACUGAAAUAUGUUUUAACCUUGUAUACCUACAUUACGCUAUAAUUUUUUUACCGAUAUAAUUAAGCUUAGUUUAAUGGAUUCCGCGACAAGUUCUUUUUAAUUACUUUAUAGGUUUUAAUGGUUUAGAAAUGUAAUAAUUAAGGAAGCUAGUCCUAAAGUUUCGUUGUGAUGGAAACGUUUGCCAUUUACCUAACGUAUAAUUAAAUUCAUACGAUAAAUGCUAUAUGGUAAUGAAUGACCUCAUCCAAUAUGCACUGUACCAGAAAAACAAUUAGCAAUAUAGACUUAAAAAGGUGAACCGACCCGGCAUCUUGUAUAUGAUGUCUACGCUAAUAAAAUGCUUUAGCCGUAUCUAUGAGACUGUCUAUGUUGAAACUCCGAUGCCAAUUAGGUCACGACCUUUUGCUUUAUUUAUCCACGAAUAAAAUGAUAAUUUAGAAUACAUUACCAAAAAAUAUAUUGACGUGUUUAAUCCAUGAGAGUUCCGUCGCUGUGGGUUCUAGUCCAUCAAAAUUGUGACGAGUUUGUAUUAUAGUGUUAUUAUUAUUAUUAUUGGCUAUUAUACGUUAUUUAUGUAACGAUUAACGGACAUCUUUUUAGCGAGAUUUUUUAUUAUUUUUUUUUGUAUUAUCUAACACGUGUAGUCAACAAUGGCUUGCGAAUAACACAACUAAUAGCCGGAAAGAGUACUAUGAAAUCGCUUAUUGCACUUUUAUUAUUAUUCAAAGCGUAGAUUCACUUUUGAAUUGUAUACAAAGAACAUGAAAUAAAAAAAUAUUAUAUAAAAAGAUUGUUUUGAAAUUCCUUCAACAUAUCAAGUUUUCAUAAAAUGUAUGUUUAUAAUAGUUUUUGGUUUUAGGCACAUUCAGUCAAUAGUUUGUAAUUUUAUCGAAUGGAUAAAUAAAUUACCUGAGAACAC